AUGACGGAUCAUGGUACUUCAAUGAAAGGCAUACAAAAUGGUGCAACUACGGACGAAAGAUUGAAUGCUAUUGCUUCUUUUUUCGAUUGCUCUUUGGAACAGGUUAAAUCAAUUGACGGUGAUGUAGUAAAACAUCUUAACGAUAAACUUUUACAAUUUAAUGAACUAAAAUCAGAGAACCUACAAAUUACCGUCUCAUUUGAUGAAUUGAAGACUAAUUCCUUGAAGAAAAUUGAUGGGUUGAAGACUGAAAUGGAAAAAGUUAUGAGAGAAAAUGAUAAAAUCCGAAAAGAGAGGAAUGAUACUUUUGCUAAGUUCGAAUCUAUAAAAAACGAAAAGACAAAAUUAUCGAAUGAACUAGAAUCUGUAAAAAGGAGGGUUGAUGAUUUAACUGAAGAGAAGAAGGAAAUUCAGAGCAAUCAACAGCGAACUUUAAAAAUACUGGACGAAAGACUAAAAGAACUCGAAAUAGCCAAGAUUGAAAAUAAUCGCUCCGAUAGUGAAUACAAGAAACUACGCUCCACAAUAAUAGAUUUAGAAACAAAACAACAGGACUAUAUUUCUAGUGACCUUAAUUCCAGAACUGAACUGGAAAGAAAAACACAGGAGUUGACCUUAUUGCAGUCAAAUAAUGAUUGGUUAGAAAAGGAGGUGUCUUCUAAGAAUGAACAGUAUCUUUCCUACAGACAAAAAACCGACAAAAUAAUUUUAGAAAUUCGGAAUGAAUUAAAUCAUUUAAGGAGUGAUUUUCAAAUGGAGAAAACAAAUAAUGAUGUCUUAAAGCAAAAAAACAAUGAACUAUCGAAAUCUUUACAAGAAAAACUGCUGGAAAUCAAAAGCCUCUCAGACUCUUUAAAUUCCGAAAAGCAAGAAUUUUCCGCAGAAAUUUCCCUAAAACAACGUUUAGUAGAUCUUUUAGAGUCACAAUUGGAUGCGGUAAAAGAAGAAUUGAACAGUACAAGAGAAGCGAACACUGCAAAUGUAAUAUCAAAUGAUGCGAAAAAUCACAUAUCUGAAAAUGAGGAAUUACUCAAAGAAUUGCAGCAAAUGAAGGAAAAAUUAGCACAGUGCGAAAGCGAACGUCUGCGUCUAUCCUCUAUAAUUGAUGAAGCAGAUGAGGAUAGUGGAAGUUUGACUUCAAAAUCUAAUUCUGAUUUUAUAUUAUUGAAGAAACAAUUAAUUAAAGAAAGGCGUGCCAAGGAGCAUCUUCAAAAUCAAAUCGAGGCAUUUAUCGUGGAACUGGAACACAAAGUGCCUAUCAUAAACUCCUUCAAAGAAAGAACAGAUAUGUUGGAGAAGGAAUUAAACAAUGCUGCGUUAUUACUAGAGCAUACAUCCAAUGAGAAGAAUGCGAAGAUAAAAGAAUUAAAUGCUAAGAAUGAAAAGCUAGCAAACUGUGAAAAUGACAUUCAAACCUUAGUUAAACAACGUCUCGAUCUGUGUCGUCAAAUACAGUACCUUUUAGUUACCAACUCGGUUUCUAAUGACUCAAAGGGGCCCUUACGUAAGGAAGAAAUUAAUUUUAUCCAGAAUAUUUUGCAGAAAGACGAUAGUACCGCAGCAGAAUCUGACUCUCAGGGAAUUGUAACCGAAAGGCUAGUCGAGUUCAAAAACAUUAUACAAUUACAAGAAAAAAACACGGAGCUUUUGAAAGUUGUAAGAAACUUAGCUGAGAAGUUGGAAUCAAAGGAAAACAAAUCUAAACAAAGUCUUCAAAAGAUUGAAAGUGAAACUGUAAAUGAGGCUAAAGAGGCAAUACUGACUUUAAAAAGUGAAAAAGUAGAACUAGAAUCAAGAAUUGAGGAUCUGGAGAAGGAACUUGAAAAAUCGAAAACCUCGGUCCCCAACCAAGAUGCGUCGUACAUUAAUUCAACUAUACGGCAGUUAACCAAGACUAAAAGAGACCUCGAAUCCCAAGUCCAAGAUUUGCAAACUCAUGUUUCCCAAGUUACUAGGGAGUCUACUGAAAAUAUGUCACUUUUGAACAAGGAGAUACAGGACCUAUAUGAUAGCAAGAGUGAAAUUUCUAUUGAACUUGGAAAGGAAAAAUCAUCUAGAAUAUUGGCAGAGGAACGAUUCAAACUACUUUCAAAUACAUUAGAUUUAGCUAAAGCCGAGAACGAUCAACUUCGCAAGAGGUUCGAUUACUUGCAAAGUACUAUUCUAAAACAAGAUUCUAAAACACACGAAACACUUAAUGAUUAUGUUUCCUGUAAAUCCAAGUUAAGCAUUGUUGAAACAGAAUUAUUGAAUUUAAAAGAAGAACAAAAAUUGAAAGUUGAUUUAGAAAAGAAUUUGAAACAAGAACUGAAUAAACUUUCCUCCGAAAAGACCAGUUUACGUAUAAUGGUAACUCAGUUACAAACUUUACAAAAAGAGCGUGAGGAUUUAUUGGAAGAAACUAGGAAGUCAUGUCAAAACAAAGUAGACGAACUCGAAGUUAACCUCUGCGAAAUAAAACAGGAAGCUUCUCAUAAGGACCAACGCAUCAAACAGCUGGAAGAAGACAACAAUUCAAAUAUAGAAUGGUACCAAAAUAAAAUUGAGGCCUUAAAGAAAGAUAAUGAGUCAAUUAUGACUUCUGUAGAUGGUAAGCAAACCGAGAUUGAAAAAUUACAAUAUAAAGUCAAAUCAUUAGAAAAGGAGAUUGAGGAGAACAAGAUCCGUUUGCAUACCUAUAAUGUUAUGGAUGAAACAAUUAACGAUGACUCCUUACGCAAGGAGUUGGAAAAAUCCAAGAUUAACUUGACUGAUGCCUAUUCACAGAUUCAAGAAUACAAGGAUCUGUACGAGACCACUUCUCAGUCCCUACAGCAAAUGCAUUCUAAAUUAGAUGAAUCUAGCAAAGACUUUACUAACCAAAUUAACAACCUAGCUGACGAAAAGGCUAGUUUGGAGGAUAAGAUUUCGCUUCUAAAGGAGCAAAUGUUCAACCUGAAUAAUGAGCUUGAUUUGCAGAAAAAAGGAAUGGAAAAAGAAAAAGCUGAGUUCAAGAAAAAAAUAUUGAUUUUACAGAAUAACAACAAAGAAAUUGAAGCUGUUGAGUCUGAAUAUGAAUCGAAGCUAUCAAAAAUUCAAAAUGAUCUUGAUCAACAAACAAUAUACGCUAACGCUGCUCAAAAUAACUAUGAACAAGAAUUACAAAAGCACGCGGAUGUUUCUAAGACGAUUAGUGAAUUAAGAGAACAAUUGCAUACUUACAAAGGUCAAGUAAAGACCUUGAACUUAGCAUGUGAUCAGCUAGAAAAUACUUUGAAGGAAAACGAAAAGAGUUGGUCCUCUCAAAAGGAAUCUUUAUUAGAACAACUAGAUUUGUCAAAUUCUCGCAUUGAAGACUUAUCAUCUCAGAAUAAACUAUUGUAUGAUCAAAUCGAACUGUACACAGCUGCGGACAAAAAAGUUGGUGAUUCGAAAAGCGAGCCUGGCUUAAAUAAUAUUUUAAUCACACUACGUCGUGAAAGAGACAUUCUAGACACGAAAGUGACGGUGGCCGAUAGAGAUGCUAGAAUGUUAAGACAAAAAAUAUCUUUGAUGGAUGUUGAAUUACAAGAAGCUCGUACCAAACUGGACAAUUCAAGAGUUGAAAAGGAGAAUCAUUCUUCCAUUAUUCAACAGCAUGACGACAUUAUGGAAAAAUUGAAUCAAUUAAAUCUAUUAAGAGAAAGUAACAUAACACUGCGUAAUGAACUGGAAAACAACAAUAAUAAGAAUAAGGAACUUCAAUCUGAAUUAGAUAAACUGAAACAAGAUGUUGCUCCUGUUGAGUCUGAAUUAACUGCCUUGAAGUAUUCUAUGCAAGAAAAGGAACAAGAGCUCAGAUUAGCUAAAGAAGAGGUCCAUCGCUGGAAAAAACGCUCACAAGACAUAUUAGAGAAACAUCAACAGUUGAGCUCAAGCGAUUAUGAGAAGCUAGAAAAUGAGAUAGGAAAUUUGAAGGAGCAACUAGAAAAUAAAACGCGCCAAGGGGCUGAAGCAGAGGAAAAAUUUAACAGGUUGAGAAGACAAGCUCAAGAGAGAUUAAAAACAUCAAAACUAUCACAGGACUCAUUAACUGAGCAAGUCAAUAACCUGAAAGAUGCAAAGAUCGCAUUGGAAAAUUCCUUGAGAGACGCAAAUGCGAGAAUCGAAGAGAUACAGGGCGCAAAAGUCGCACAAGACAACAACCAGUUAGAAGUGAUAAGAAGAUUGCAAGAAGAUGCGGAAAAAUCUUCUAGUGAGCUUCAGGCCAAGUUAGAAGAAAAUGCAACUUCUUAUGAUUCUACGAUAAAGGUUUUAAAUGAAGAGAUUACAACCUUAAAAGAAGAAAUAGAAAAACAAAUGCAAAUUCAGCAACAGUUACAAACUGCAUCAGCAAAUGAACAAGAUGACUUAUCUGAAAUAGUUGAAUCUAUGAAGAAGUCUUUUGAAGAAGAUAAAAUCAAAUUCAUCGAAGAAAAAACCCAAGAAGUUAACGAAAAAAUUCUUGAGGCCCAAGAAAGGCUAAACCAACCAACCAGUAUUGAUAUGGAGGAAAUGAAAAAAAAAUGGGAAUCCGAGCAUGAGGAGGAUGUAUCCAGGAGGAUUCGUGAAGCUGAGGAAGCUCUCAAAAAGAGGAUCAGAUUACCUACUGAGGAAAAAAUUAAUAAGAUAAUCGAACGUAAGAAGGAGGAGUUGGAAAAAGAGUUUGAUGAAAAAGUCGAAGAGAGAAUAAAAUCAAUGCACCAGUCUGGAAAAAUGGAUAUGGUGCUUCAAGAACAGCUAGAAACUAGGGUUCAAAAGAAACAAAAGGAAUUAGAAGACGAAUUCAACAGAAAAUUACAAGAAGAGCUAAAAGAACCACCACAUUCAAGUCAUAUAUCACUUGAUGAGAGGGACAAAUUACGGGCAGAGAUUGAAACCAAGUUGAGGGAGGAGUUAAACAAUGAAUUGCAAGUAAUAAAGAAGAAAUCCUUCGAAGAAGGCAAACAACAAGCGAUGAUGAAAACUACCCUUUUGGAAAGAAAGCUUGCCAAGAUGGAAUCUCAACUAUCAGAAACGAAACAAAGUGUUGAAAGCCCUCCAAAACUGGUAAACAAUAUACAAAAUCCAUUGCUGGGGUUACCUAGGAAAAUCGAAGAAAAUUCAAACUCACUAUUCAACCCGUUACUCUCGGGCGAAAAACUCUUGAAAUUGAACUCUAAGUCAUCUUCAUCAGGUGGAUUUAAUCCUUUUACUUCGCCAUCCCCAAAUAAACCUUUGCAAAAUGAUAACGACCAAAGGGAGCUUUCGACCAACAAAAUAGAUCCACCAACUCAUUUGGCGCCCAGUUUCAACAUUCCCGCCUCAAGAGAUCUAAUGUCUUCAUCUUCUACCUUGUCAACUGAUACAAAUGAGGAGGAAUUUACUGGUAGCGAACGAGCCCAGAAGGAUUCGUUAAGUGGAGAUAUCCAAUCCGAAGCCGGUAUAGAACAAAAGAAAGAAGAAGAACUUGUUAAAACGGGGAACGCAAUAGAAGAGGAAACGAAGUCCAAUAAACGACCUAUUGAUGAGGUUGGAGAGCUGAAAAAUGAUGACGACGAGGACACUACAGAAUUCGCGAAUGAUUCAAAAAAGAUCAAGACUGAUGAUGAGGAAGAAAGAGAGGAAGAAAAGGGUGAUGGCGAGAAAAAUCAUGAAGAAGGCAAUGAAAACAUGGGAUCAGAACAAAGUUAA